UUCAUAUCCACCCAGUUGCUCUGAGCCUCACUGUCUCUCAUGUCUUUCUCCUCUACACACUUCAGAACUCUUGCACACACAGAGACACACACACACACACGACACAGAGUUUGAGGGGACGAAUAAGUCAAUAUUUGACCAGACUGAGCUGUACAGGAAGGAAGAAAGAGUGGAAGUCUUCUCUCAGGGACAUUAAGAUUGGACACAAGGACUUGGAGAAGUUUUUUUUUUUCUUUUUUUGUUUUUUUCUUACAGGUGGAUACAAAUUUUUGCAAACCUCUUCGGCCAAACAAAGCAAGCAGGGAUCUUUUUCCUUUUUUUUUUCUUCUUAUUUAGUGUUGGACUUUUGGACUUGGACUGGGCGAGAUCGCAGUAAGAGGAGGGAGAUGGGGAGAUGGACGCUACAUCUCUCAGUGGGGCUCGGGCUUCUAGCCGUCCUGCUGACCUGCUGUUAUGCUGAAGCGAACUACUGCUUGGCUUCCAAGGCCAAGAGCUGCACAGAAUGCCUCCAGACUGGGAUAGGCUGUGCCUACUGCCCUGAUGAGAACUUUGACGGCCCUCGCUGUGACCUGGAAAAGAAUAUUAUUGCUCGUGGCUGCGGCGCCGCGGCCUUAAUCACAGCUCAGAGCUCCAAGGUGAUAAACAGUGAGGAAAAAAUCAACGUGGCACUUCAGAAGUCUCAAGUGUCUCCGCAGAGGGUGACCAUGUCCUUCCUGCCAGGAGAGGAGAAGCUGGUGAAUGUGGAGGUGUUCGCUCCAACCAAAGGCCCCCUGGACCUGUAUAUUCUUAUGGACUUCUCCAACUCCAUGGCUGACGAUCUGGACAACUUGAAGAGGAUGGGCAACGAGCUGGCCUCCCUGGUGGAGAACCUGUCAGACGACUACACCAUCGGGUUCGGAAAGUUUGUGGACAAGGUGAUCGAGCCCCAGACUGACAUGAGACCCUCCAAACUCAGCCAGCCCUGGCCCAACAGCGACCCUCCGUUCUCCUUCCAGAACGUCAUCAAGCUGACCAGCGAAUUAAGUGACUUCACCAACAAGCUCCAGAAGGAGAGAAUAUCUGGCAACCUGGACGCUCCGGAAGGGGGUUUCGAUGCUAUAUUGCAGGCUGCCGUUUGUCGGGAUAAGAUCGGCUGGCGCGACCACAGCACGCAUCUCCUGGUUUUCUCCACCGAGUCGGCCUUUCACUACGAGGCUGACGGCGCGAACGUGCUGUCCGGCAUCCUGCCGCGCAACGACGAACAGUGCCACCUGGACGCAGAUGACAAAUACACAGAGGAUAUACACCAGGAUUACCCUUCCAUACCCACGCUGGUCCGCCUGCUGGGCAAACACAACAUCAUUCCCAUCUUUGCGGUCACCAACCACUCCUACACAUACUAUAAGAAACUCCAAGAAUAUUUUCCCAUCGCUGAGGUUGGUCUGCUGCAAGAGGACUCAUCCAAUAUCCUGCAAGUCAUGGACUCUGCCUUCAAGAGUAUCCGUUCCAAGAUGAGCAUUCGUGCGGAGGAAAAACCCAAGGCUUUCGAGACACAGUUCUUGAGCACCAGUGGAAAAGUGGCUCAAUACGGGGAUUUUAAUUUCAGACCUGGAACAAUAGGCAAGUUCAUGAUGAAGCUCACAGCUCAGCGCCUGAAUGGUGAGCAGCCUGUCUGUCAGAUGAGUCCAGAUGAAAAAGCAGGGACGAUGAAAGUCAAGCCUACGACCUUUAACGCCGGCGUCAACGUUGAGGCUUCGGUUCUGUGUCCAGUCUGCGAAUGUGAGAAGACGCCCCUCCCCAGAGCAGCGAGAUGCAAUGGCAACGGAGACCUGGUGUGCGGGAAGUGUCAGUGCUAUGGUGACUGGCUGGGUUCAUUCUGUAACUGCUCAUUAGCUGAUUCAGUCAAGUCCACCAGCCAGUGUAUUGCUCCGGGCAAGACGGAGCCCUGCUCAGGCCGUGGAGACUGCAUGGCGUGUGGAACCUGUGUGUGCUACAACCCCGAGCAGUUCGAAGGGCCCUACUGCCAGUACGACAAGACCCAGUGUCCAAGAUACGGAGGCUUCCUCUGCAACGACCGUGGCUCUUGUGUUAUGGGCCAGUGUGCAUGCGCUGAGGGCUGGGAGGGCACAGCCUGUGAGUGUCCCAAGAGCAACCAGACCUGCGUGGACAGCAAGGGCGGCGUCUGCAACGGUCGAGGGACAUGUGUCUGCGGCCGCUGUAACUGUCAAAGCUCUGGUCUGGAGUUGACUUCAACCUGUGAGCCAAAUUUCCUGGCCCAGCUGGAAGUGUGCGAGGCCACAAGGAGUUGUGUUCAGUGUCAGACCUGGAAGACAGGAGAGAAAAAAGAGGACGAAAAGUGCAAAGAGUGCCCCUUCCAAAGUUACACGGUGACGGAGCUCAAAGAAUCGGACAAGGUGCUGGACUCAUGCAGUUUCCGUGACGAAGAUGACGACUGCACGUACUACUACACUGUCGACAGCUCUCGAGAUCCGGCAGUUAAAGGCAUGGACGUUCAGGUGCUGGAAAAGAAAGAAUGUCCCCCUGCGAGCCUCCUGUGGCUGCUCCCACUCCUCCUGUUCCUCCUCUUGCUGCUGGCACUCCUGCUGCUCUGCUGCUGGAAAUACUGCGCCUGCUGCAAAUCCUGCUGGCAGAGCUGCCUGGCCCUGCUACCUUGCUGUAGGAGAGGUCGCAUGGUGGGCUUCAAGGAGGAUGAGUAUUUGCUCCGCCAGUCCCUGCUCACCUCGGACCACCUGGACACGCCGAUGGUGAGGACCGGCCCGCCCAAAGGAACCGAUGUGGUUCGCUGGAAGGUCACGGACAACGUGCACCGGGCCCCCACACACCCCCAGGCUCUGAUAAAGCCCAACCCUAAAGAAAUUAUCCAGUUCCCGGUCUCCCUCAGGCUGAACAGGCUGUUCUCUGAGAAUCUGUCCCGCCUUGAAUCCAGAGACGCCGAGCAGCUCCGCAAGGAAGUGGCCGAUAAUCUCAAUGAGGUGUACAAGCAGAUUCCCGGAGCACAGAAGGUGCAAAAAACCACGUUCAGAAUGCAAAGGAAUGCUGGGAAAAGGCAGGACUACACCAUUAUGGACACUGUCUUGUCCGCUCCUCGUGCCAGCUACCCUGAUAUAGUCAAACUCACGGAGAAAAACGUCCAGUCUGGAAACGUACGUGACCUCAAAGUGGUGCCCGGCUACUACACUGUGGCUACAGACCGAGAGGCUACGGGAGCCGUAGAGUUCCAAGAAGGUGUGGAGUCAGUAGACGUUCACGUGCCGCUCUUCGUCAAGGACGAAGACGACGACAAGAAACAGCUGCAGGUGGAGGCCAUCGACGUGCCGCUGGGCAUCGCUGAGAUUGGAAAACGCUUGGUCAACAUCACCAUCAUCAAAGAGCACGCCUCCAGCGUGUUCUCAUUCCUCCAGCCAGCCUACACCUACAGCAGGCAGGACGGGGUGGCCAAAAUCCCUAUCAGCAGAGAGAUCAUUGAAGAUGGACACACACAGGUCACCUACCGCACACGGGACCUCACAGCCAAGGAUAAGAAGGACUAUGUGACUGUGGACGGAGACCUGACUUAUGUUCCUGGUGAGACCCAGAAAAUAGUGCCGGUUCGUCUGCUUGAGCUGGGCGAGAAAGAUGGCCUCCUGGAAGACAAACAGGUCAAACAGUUUGUCAUGGAUCUCAGUAACCCACGGCAGGGCGCAAAGUUGGGACGCUAUCCGAGAACCACAGUUACCAUCACAGACCAACCAGAGCCCAGUGUGAUGAUGUUCAAAAAGGGCACCCAGAACUUCACCACGUCUGACCCAACCUACACCAUCCCAGUCGUCCGCACUCGCAAUCAUGACAGCCCCGCCACAGUGAAAUGGCGCACCAAGAAGGCCCAGCGCUUUGAGCUGUCCGCCCCACUAAAGUUUGGCCCUGGGGAGACAGAGAAGAACAUAGUGAUCGACCCGAAGUCUCAUCCCGGCCCAAUCCAGCCUGAGACCUUCCAGCUGGAACUGUUUGACCCAAGUAGCAACGCCUCUGUUGGAGAGAGGAAGACCACCCUCGUCAGUGUCACUGAUGGAAUUACGAAAUCUCCAGAGAUUGCCCAGAUGCAGGAAAUGGGCUUCAUAGACCGGAAAGCGUCUUCUCCCAGUGGCUACCUUCCUGCCCCAGGAUACCCGAAGGCCAAAGCCACUGGACCCAGAAGCAUCCACCUCAACUGGGACCCUCCACCUGGUAAUCCCAUGGGGUACAAGGUCAAGUACUGGAUCUUCGGUGACCCAGAGAAGGAUGCCCAGGUCUUAGAUGUGAAGACUCCUCAAGCCGAGUUGACCAACCUGUACCCCUAUUGUGACUACGAAAUGCGAGUGUGCGGCUACAAUGCAAUGGGAGACGGCUACGAUACGGAUGUUGCCACCUGUCAAACACUGGAGGAUGUUCCUGGUGAACCUGGACGUCUGGCCUUCAACGUCAUCAGCCCAACUGUUACUCAGGUCAGCUGGGCAGAGCCUGCGGAGACCAACGGCAACAUCACAGCCUACGAGGUCAUCUACACACCCAUCGACGAUGAAAUGAAGCCGGUGGGGGCUGCCAAGAAAGUUAAGAUUGACAACCCCAAGAAGCGAAUGCUGUUGAUCGAGAACCUCCAGAGCGCACAGACCUACCAAUACAAGGUUCGUGCCAAGAACAGCGUGGGCUGGGGCCCCUUCAGAGAUGCCACCAUCAAUCUGGCGUCACAGCCUGCCAGACCUCUGUCAAUUCCUAUCAUUCCAGAUGUCCCUAUUGUGGACGCAGAGGCGGGAGACGAGUACGACAGCUACUUGAUGUACAGCAAUGAGGUGAUGAAGUCACCUACAGGCUCCAAGACACCCAGCGUCUCUGGUGAUGAUUACACGAUGAACGGGAAGUGGGAUCAGAACUUCCUCUUCCCAGGGGGAUCAGGGACGCGCAACAUGUCAGCAUCGUCCUCUCCCAUGUCCACUCUGAGCUCCAACUACAGAGGGGCGGGCGGCUCAUUUACCACGGAAACAACCACCACCUACAUGACGGGGCCGGGAGGCUCUCGUAGACAGGACAUGGUUGGGGGAGUGCACACCUCAGAAGUCAUCAUGAGGAAGCGCUCAGAGAACAGGGGUUACGCAGAUGAAAACAUCCGGGACUCUAUCGUCAUGGGAGAGGUGUCGAGCAAGUUCCCAGAUCUAAGUGGGUUCGGCUACACUGGGAUGCAGAGCAGCUCUCACAGCCAGUUCAGCUACGGCCUGCCUCAGGCUCCGAGGGGCAGGAGCCAGUCUUCAGACAUCAACGAAGCCCUGUACAAUCUGGACAGGGUGCUCCAAGAUGCUCGACUCUCCCCCGGUGUUCCAGACACCCCCAGCAGACUGGUGUUUUCUGCUCUGGGACCCACCGCACUCAAAGUCAGCUGGCAGGAGCCCCACUGUGAGAAGGACAUCAUGGGCUACUGCGUUCUCUACCAGCUGCUCAACGGAGGCGAGAUGAAGCGCAUCAAUGUAACAAACCCCGCGGAGAACUCUGUGAUCAUUCAGGACCUGCUGCCCAACCAUUCCUACCUAUUCAAGGUGAAGGCUCAGAGCCAGGAGGGCUGGGGUCCAGAGAGGGAGGGAGUCAUCACCAUCGAGUCCGCUGUCGACCCUAAGAGUCCCCUCAGCCCCAUGCCAGGCUCACCAUUUACCCUGAGCACCCCCAGUGCCCCCGGCCCCCUGGUCUUCACCGCACUCAGUCCUGAUUCCCUGCAGCUCAGCUGGGAUAAACCUCGUAAACCCAACGGAGACAUCCUGGGCUAUGUAGUCACAUGUGAACAGUUGCAUGGUGGAGGAGACGUGCGUUCCUUCCAGGUGAAUGGCGAUAGCACCGAGACCAGUCUGACCGUCCCAAACCUGACCGAGAAUGUUCCCUACAAGUUUAAAGUCCAGGCUCGAACCACGCAGGGCUUCGGCCCCGAGAGGGAGGGCAUCAUCACCAUCGAGUCUCAGGAUGGAAGUGCUUUGUCUCAGUACAACAGCCAGUCACUGGUGAGGAGAGAGGUUUUCCAAAUGCCAACCGAGGUCAGCACGCGAACCAACGUCUCCCACACGAUGCUCAAUGACCCCUAUUUCUCAGAUGGGAUGAUGAUGACAACGACCUCGCAGCACACAGAGACCAGUGGCAUGAUGACCCAGAUCACCAAGGAAGUGGUUCAGAGGAGCGUCAUGGGAGGAACCACUGUCACAAAGAAGAUGUUCUACGAAUCUUAAAGAUCUUGUGUCAUUUAAUGAUCUAGGCGGGGCCAAGAUGAUGAGGAAUCAUAUAUGAGUCUUAUAAACAGAGUCAUCCUCAGAGCACUCACUGUGUGUGUGUGUGUGUGUGUGUGUGUGUGUGUGUGUGAGAGAGAUUCUGCAGCCAAAAAUCAUUCAAUAUAAUAUAUGGUCAGAGGGGAGGCCGCUCGUUUGUGUCUGUUACAAAAUGUGGAUACUUUCCUGCAUAGAUGAGGAUCAUUUUUAUUCGUUGUCACCUCUAAUGUUUCAUUCCAGUUUCGGCCCACUCAGAGAAUCAUUUUUUGUGAGACUCAACUCCCUCUGCGGGCCCAGAUCUGGUAGGACACACUGGGGCUUCAAAUCAGGCCAGCAUGGCGCAGUAAUCUGACUGCAGCACAGUAAUCCAAAGUCACCUUUUCCCCUUGUCUCCCGUCCUCCUCUUCUCUGACAGAGAUGUGUGCGUCUGGUGUUUUGAGUGCUUCAGCUUAGGCCGACCAAAUUUCGAAUCUCUCUCCGACUUUGAGAGACUGGCUUGACAUUGUUCUGGGUCUUUCUUGAUGAAUGUCUUAUCCUGAGUGAUUGAUAAUAUAGAAGGGGUGUCUUAAGACUUUCAUAGAUUUGUAUUAUAUUAAAGUGCUUUUUCAAAGCAUAUUUAAUGCUUUUGAGGUUUUUACCUAAUGCUGAUUUACAUUAUAUUUAAUACCAAAUAUAGAGAGGUCAUUCCAUGUCAACUCACCCAGAGUUCUGAACUUUUCCCAGUUCAUGUCAUGCAAUUUCACCAAAAAAAAA